AUGCCCGGUCGAGUCAUCGAAUCGAAAUGGCCAACGGGCUGGCCUUCCUUCGCCCAGCCAGACAGCAAUUGCAAAGACAGACAUUCACACGACCUCAAGAAGGCCAUCAUCUCCGAGUAUGGCGCAGAUGCGCUGUGCCAGGCCUGGGUCAAAACAUGCGACGCACUGAGCUCGGUCAUGGCGCAGAUUGCCGAGGCGGGUACGAACGCGGUGCCCGUGUUCCACUACGAUGAAAUCAUCGAAACGGCCAAGAAUGAGAAAGCGCUGGAAGACAUCAAGGCGACAGGAUGCUGUGUGAUCCGGGGAGUGAUUCCGAGCGAGGAAGCCAGCCAACACUUUGAAGAUCUGACAAAGUUCAUCGCCCAGAACGACAGCGUCAGUGGGUGGCCCCAAGAGUCGCCGGCCAUCUUCUAUCUGUACGAGAGUCCCGUGCAGCUGAAACUACGCACCCAUCCGCACCAGCUCCGACUCCAGCGGCUGCUCAACUCUUUGUUUAGCGAUCCCACGCUCUCUGCCUCGGAGCAGGAAGCGCAAUGGGAGCCGAUUCUCUACCCGGAUGCCCUGCGGAUUCGGCAGCCCGGGCAGGACUUUGACGGCCUGGGACCGCACAUUGACGGCGGAUCUUUGUCGCGAUGGGCCGAUGUCGAGUACCGCCGAACAUACGACCAGAUCCUGUCAGGGCAUCCCGAAGACUACGACCCAUACGACCUGACUCACCGACGACAGGCCAGACCCAGCAUGUUCCCCGGCGGCGCCCAAUGCAGCGUCCUACGAACGUUUCAGGGGUGGACGGCCUUGACGGAAUGCGCCCCGGGCGAGGGCGGCCUUAUGGUCGUGCCGGACAUCCAUCUCGCUACGGCCUACAUGAUGCUGCGGCCCUUCUUCAAGCCGCCCUCGGACGGCGACUGGCAGGAUCCGCGGAAAUGGGAGCUGGACGAUUCCGCAUGGUUUCCCGGCACGUAUCCCAUGGACUCGCAGCUCUUGGGUCCCGCGAGCCAUCCUCAUCUCCGGCUGGAAGAGACGCUGGUCCACAUUCCGACCGUAUAUCCGGGUGAUACCAUCUGGUGGCAUGCAGAUAUGUGUCAUGCCGUGGGAGUGACGCACAAUGGCACGCGGCCGGCAAGUGUCGUCUACAUCCCGGCUUGCCCCUCGACGCCAGACAACAAGGCAUAUAUCCGUGGCCAUUGGAAGGAUCUCCUGGCCGGGAACCCGCCGGAUGAUUACAAGUACCUGGACGGCAUGGAGGACAAGCUUGUGUUGAGCACGCAAAACGAGAGGAAGAUGGUGGGCGCGUUGCCGAUUGAGAGUAUUAGUGUCGAGGGAAGGAGGGCCUUGGGUGAAGGGGUGUAG